CAGGAGUCAGGAGCUGCGGAGGAGGAGGUGACGGGGAGUGAAGAUCCCACCUCCAGCCUGCAGGAGGAGCUACAACCAGCGCUUCAGGAACAAGAGUCUGCAGCAGCCAAUCCUGAAACAUCCACAGAUCCUAAACUGCCAGGAGAAGAGACGGAGGCUGAGAAAGGAGAGACAGAAGGAGCUGAGGAGGCAAGAGGAGGAGAGAGUGAAGGAGAGGAGGGGAAGGGAGUGAAGAGGAAGAGGGAGGGCGAGCAGAAGGAGGAAGAGGCGGGACAAGGCUCAGAGAAGAAAAAGAUGGACGAGGAGUCGAUGGCGUCCAUGUUGGCUGAUUUCGUCGCCUGUCCUCCUGACGAUGAGGACGGAGCGUCUGGAUCAAACCGCUCAUAGACUUGAACUGAUGUUGUCGAGGUUACCAUGGAGACUGUAUCAUUAGAGACGUUGCCUCCUCGCCACAUCCUCCAUCAUGGUUGAACGCUCUCAGUGUUCACGUCACUUCUGUUGAGACGUGAGGCGUCUUUGUGAGUGACGUUCCAUCGACCAGGUUAAUAAAGGUAAAAGUAGAGUGAGGUUUAAUAAAAAAGAAGACUCCUCCCACAGUCCAGCUGACUCAGUUUGUGUAAAGUCUUAUUUGUACCUUUCAUUAUUUUUGUUUCAUCACUGAUUUCAAAAGUAAAAUCAUCAAACACGAGUGAAAACAUGAAA